AUGGUCACGUCUAUUCUGAGGUUUCUUAUCCUACCGAUAUGCCUUCAACUUGAACAUUUUCACAAUGUGAAUAGAUCGCGGACAGAAUGUGAGCCGUCACAGUUUCAGUGUGGGAAUGGUCGAUGCAUCCCGUCUGUUUGGCAGUGUGACGGGGAUGAGGACUGCUCAGAUGGGAGUGACGAGAACACCUGCGUGAGGAAGACCUGUGCUGAAGUAGACUUUGUCUGUCGCAAUGGCCAGUGUAUUCCCAAGAGAUGGCACUGUGAUGGGGAACCAGACUGCGAGGAUGGCUCCGAUGAGAGCGUGGAAAUAUGCCACACAAGGACCUGUCGUGUGAAUGAGUUUAGCUGUGGCGUAGGUUCCACGCAGUGCAUCCCGAUUUUCUGGAAGUGUGACGGCGAGAAUGACUGUGAUAAUGGUGAAGACGAGUUGAAUUGUGGGAAUAUCACGUGUGGUCCUCUGGAUUUCACUUGUGCAAGUGGCCGCUGCAUCUCACGUAACUUUGUGUGUAACGGUGAGGAUGACUGUGGGGACGGAAGUGAUGAACAGGACUGUGCACCAUCCUCCUGUGGACCCAACCAGUUCCAGUGUGGUAAUGCCACCUGCAUCCCAUCCAGUUGGGUGUGUGAUGAGGACGUUGACUGCCAGGACCAAUCAGAUGAGUCACCGCAGCGCUGUGGCCGUCAUCCCACUCCUCCUUCCAAGUGUUCAUCCAGUGAAACACAAUGUGGUUCUGGAGAGUGUAUCCACCGCAAAUGGCGCUGUGAUGGAGACCCAGACUGCAAGGAUGGCAGUGAUGAGACCAACUGCCCUGUCCGUACCUGCCGACCAGACCAGUUCAAGUGUGACGAUGGCAACUGUAUCCAUGGCAGCAGGCAGUGCAACGGUAUCAGAGAUUGUACUGAUGGAACAGAUGAAGUCAACUGUAAAAACUUGACCCAAUGCAACGGCCCUGACAAGUUUAAGUGCCGGAGUGGAGAGUGCAUCGAGAUGAGCAAAGUGUGCAAUAAGGCACGGGACUGCCCCGACUGGAGUGAUGAACCAAUCAAAGAAUGCAAUUUGAACGAGUGCCUUCUCAACAAUGGUGGUUGUUCACAUAUAUGCCGGGACAUGGUGAUUGGCUAUGAAUGCGACUGCACUCCAGGAUUGCAGCUGAUUGAUCGCAAGACCUGUGGUGAUAUCAAUGAAUGCUUGAACCCUGGGAUCUGUAGUCAAAUCUGUAUCAACCUCAAAGGGGGCUACAAAUGUGAGUGUCACAACGGCUACCAGAUGGAUCCCACCACCGGAGUGUGUAAAGCAGUGGGUAAAGAGCCAUGUCUGAUUUUCACUAAUCGGAGGGACAUCCGAAAGCUUGGCCUUGAACGCAGAGAGUACACACAGAUUGUGGAACAGCUUCGUAACACUGUGGCUCUGGAUGCUGACUUCACUCAGCAGAGGAUCUUUUGGGCUGACCUGGGUCAGAAGGCCAUCUUCAGCAUGUUAUUAGAUAAACGUGAAGAUGCAGGCAGUCACACAAAAGUGAUUGACAACAUUCAGACGCCUGUUGGGAUAGCAGUGGACUGGAUCUAUAAGAACAUUUACUGGUCUGACCUUGGAAGUAAGAGCAUAACAGUGGCCAACUUCAAUGGCACCAAGAGGAAAGUUCUGUUUGACAGUGGCCUGAAAGAGCCAGCCUCCAUUGCCGUGGAUCCCCUCUCAGGAUUCCUGUACUGGUCAGACUGGGGCGAGCCAGCGAAGAUCGAGAAGUCUGGUAUGAAUGGUGUUGAUAGACAGGUCCUAGUCGAGACAGACAUUCAGUGGCCCAAUGGAAUCACACUGGAUCUGAUCAAGAGUAGACUUUACUGGGUGGAUUCGAAGCUGCACAUGCUGUGUAGUGUGGACUUGAAUGGAGACAACAGGCGGAAAGUUCUACAGUCCCCAGAUUACUUGGCCCACCCUUUCGCACUCACUGUUUUUGAGGAUCGAGUGUUCUGGACAGAUGGUGAGAAUGAGGCCAUUUAUGGAGCAAACAAAUUCACAGGCUCAGAUGUAACUAUGCUGGCCAGCAAUCUGAACGAGCCACAGGACAUCAUUGUGUACCAUGAGCUAAUCCAGCUGUCUGGGACAAACUGGUGCAAUGAAAGGGUUGAGAAUGGAGGCUGCUCCUACAUGUGUCUGCCAGCCCCUCAGAUCAAUAAACACUCGCCCAAGUACACAUGCGUUUGUCCACAAGGCCAGGAACUUGCCUCUGAUGGGUUCCGCUGCAGACCAGAGGGGAACGUCAGUACCUCCAUACAUGAGGUGAACUCAUCUGCCAAAGGAUCAGCUGCAGCCUGGGCCAUUCUACCAGUGUUGUUGCUGGCAAUGGCUGCAGCAGGAGGCUACCUGAUGUGGCGGAACUGGCAGCUGAAGAAUAAAAAGAGCAUGAACUUUGACAAUCCAGUGUAUCUGAAGACAACUGAAGAAGACCUUAACAUUGAUAUCAGUAGACACGCUUCUGUUGGCCACACAUAUCCUGCAAUAUCAGUGGUGAACACAGAGGAUGACCUGCCGUAA